AUGAAUAUGAGGAAAAGAAGUAUAAAUUACAAGUGUAUUUAUAUUGUUCUGUUUUAUUUUACUAUAAAAUUAAUAAUAAUAUUAGGUAAUAAUAAAAACAGCAAUUUAAAAAAUAUCCAUACUAAUAAUUACCAAUGGAAAAAGAAAAGUGUUCAAAAAAGGUCGUAUAAAAGUAAAAAGUAUAAAUUGAUGCAUUUCAUAUAUUAUAAUAAUUUGUACAAAAAAGUAGACGUCAAUGAUCGCGAAUAUAAAAUAAAUGAUGAUUUAAAAAAUAUAAUUUUAUUAUUUGGUCGUAUAGCAGAACCUUAUUAUCCUAAGGCAGUCGAACAAUUUAAUCAUUUUAAAGAACCAUAUAGUAAAUAUAUUUAUACUAAUAACAGAAGUAAUUACAAUAAUAAUAAUAAUAAUAAUUAUUAUAAUAUUAAUAUUAAUAGUAGUAGUAAUAUUAAUAGUAGUAGCAAUGAUCCAUCUGCUAAAUGGAAAUUUAUUUUUCGAGAUAUUAAAAAAAUGGAUAAAAAUAUGUUCCAUGAAAGAAUAUGUCAACUUAAAUUUAAAUGGCCGAUAAAUAAAGAUGAAAAUAUUACAGAAUAUGAUUUUUAUAAUUACAUUAUUGAAAGAUGUUUAUAUAAUAUUAAUAUUAUGAGAAGUAACAUACAAAAGUUAAAAUAUUUAUUAACCAAAAUUGUGGGGAACAAUAAAAAUAAGGAAAAUGUUUUCUUGAGUAGUUUAUCUAAAGAAGUAGAAAAAGAAUAUAUGACUCAUCAUGUGGACACAAAAAAAAAUAACAACCAUAAUGAACAUCAUAUUAAUGAUAAUAAUAAUAAUAAUAAUAUUGUUAUUAUUCCAAAGGAUAAAAUAAACAAUGAACCUAAUGAUAACAAAAAUGAUAAUAAUGAUAAUAAUGAUAGUAAUAAUAAUGAUAAUAAUAAUAAUCAACAUGACUCAAAUUUUAUAACAUCCACUUCACAAUUAAAUAGUAAUAAUAAAAUAAAAAUUUUAGAAAAAUUAGAAAAUUUUAAUCUCAAUAGUAUCUUUAAACAACAUAAUAGAUCUUAUAGCAGACUGCUUGUUAAUGAAGUGUUUAAUAAAGAAUAUCCUUCUAAAAAAAUUACAGACAUUUUUCUAAAUCUAAUAUUUCAAAAAAAUGUUGAUGAAUUUACUUAUGAAUCCUUCAUUAAACAUUUAAAUAUUCUUGGUAGGAAAAUAGAAUUAAUAAAUUGUGAUUUUAAUUCAAAUAUAUAUUUUGAUCAGUUUCAUUUUCUUAUGAAAUCUGAACUAAAGAAAAAUUCUCUCAGUGUUAAAAAAAAAACAAAAAAAAAAUAUUCAUCCAAGGCAUUCAAAAAUAAAAAAGAAAAUAACACCAAAAAUGUUUAUGAAAAUAAAACUCAUAAAAAAAAAAAAAAUUCAAUACUCAUAAAUCAACCUAUUAUUACGAAUAAUUUUCAAUCAAUAAAAGAACAACAGUAUAAAAAAUUAGAACAAAAUGACCAUCAAUCAAAUAUUAAAAUUCAUAAAAACAUACAUGAUCAAAACAACAUAAAUUCAAACAAUAUUUUACAAACAAAUAUAAAUAGUAAUGAUCAAAAUUUAAGUAUCAAUAUUAAAAAAAAAGUUAUUUCUUUUUUUAAUUAUAUAGUAAAUACUAUAAAAAAACAAUUCUAA